AUGAUACCGACACGUAAACGGAUUUUCAUAUUUAUAUUUAUAAUUGCGGUAGUGGGUCUUUUGAUACGCAUUCUCCUCUUCAAUACUGCACUUGAAACGCCGGAAGAGAUAAAUUAUCAUCAUGCUCCACUCACACCUGUUGUUGUGCGGGUGUUCUACGAAGCGUUAUGUCCCGACUCGAAGUACUUUAUCACUAGGCAAUUGCUGCCAACUUAUGUAGUCGCUGCAUCAAUCAUGGAAGUGGAGCUGAUACCCUACGGCAAGGCUACCACCAACAUAGACGCAAGUGGGAAUUUGAGCUUUGACUGCCAGCAUGGCCCGAAAGAAUGUGAAGGAAAUAUGUACCACGCUUGCGUGGCAGAAGCAGUAGAGGAUCCUAUGGUUAGAUUGGAAAUUGUUACUUGUAUGAUUCGUGACAAUCAUAUACCUAAAGAUGCAAUGCACAAGUGCGUAAAGCAGUACAAUAUUGAGAAUAUUGAUCUCAUUCAGAAGUGCUUCGAUAGCACCCAUGGCGCUGAGUUGCUGAAACUUCACGGAGAUGCGACUCAUGCGCUUCGCCCCCCAGUCAGCUUCAUUCCUACGGUCACUCUUAAUGGCACUGGCCGCCAAGCUUCCAUUCUGAAGGAUUUACUUUCGGAAGUAUGCAAGGUAGCCGGAAAGACAGAACAAACAGAUAAAAUAUGCAAACAUCGGGAGACCCAUUAGAACUAUCUGCUUUCUAAAAGUAUUAGUUAAUCAAUCAGCUUGUACAAAUUUAACAUAAAUAUUUUUAUAUAUAUCUCUAAAAAAAGCAACAUUAGCACCAUGAAGAAUUGAAUUGUUAAGAUGAUUCUGUAACAUGUUUUUUUUUUAUAAAAUUUCAAAUAAAUUAUGUAUUUCAAUUA